ACUCGCCGCUGCGCGCUCCCCGGAGAGUGGCCGCACUGAUUAGCAAGGCAAAGGAGGAGUGUUAGCGACCGUGACACCGAGCGAACGAACCGAGGAACGGACGGACCACCGCGUUUUCUCCACACGGUACACGGCGCUCCGCUGCGGGAGAAUGCGCCACGGUUACGCACGGAUUACAUUACCGGGAGCCCACGCGUACCGAGGGGGGGAUGCAGCGGGGAAUUAAAUAGAGAGACUGCAUUUGUAGCCUACCACCGCUCCUCUACUGCUGCUGCCUGCCUGUCUGCCUGCAACCGAGCCAUCCUAUUAUAAAAAAAAAAACAACGUUGCGGGCACAGAUCGUCUCCCGUUCAGCGCGCACGUUUCAAGUGGUGAUGUCCUGAAGAGGAGCCGCAGCCCUGUGAAGGACGUGCCAGUGCGGCCUGCUGCUGAUGGGAGCCGGAGAGCCAUGAGUGCUCGUGAUGGCGUGGGCGGAGGCGUGGGGGGCAUGGGCACCCUGGGGCGACGGCAGCGCUUCGAGAACUCAGAGUUCACCGUGCGCAUCUACCCGGGCGCCCUGGCCGAAGGAACCAUCUACUGCCCCAUCAGCGCCCGCAAGACCACCACCGCCGCCGAGGCCAUCGAGAGGGUGAUCGACCGGCUGCGGCUGGACCGCACCAAGUGCUAUGUCCUGGCAGAGGUGAAGGAGUUUGGGGGAGAGGAGUGGAUCCUGAACCCCAGCGACUGCCCCGUGCAGAGGAUGAUGCUGUGGCCCCGUGUUGCCCUGGAGCACCGGCCUCUGUCCGGAGGAGAGGACUACCGCUUCCUCCUGCGACUCAAGAACCUGGACGGCUCCAUCCACUAUGGAGGCAGUCUGCAGAUGUGGCUCCAGGUGACGGAGGAGCGCAGGAGGAUGGUGGAGCGGGGCCUCCUGCCUCAGCCUGACUCUCAGGGGGACUACGCAGACCUGUGCUGCCUCCCAGAGCUCAACGAGCGCUCGCUGCUGGACAACCUGCGCUCCCGCUUCAGGCAGGAGAAGAUCUACACUUACGUGGGCAGCAUCCUCAUCGUCAUUAACCCUUUCAAAUUCCUGCCCAUCUACAACCCCAAGUAUGUGAAAAUGUACGACAACCACACGCUGGGAGCGCUGGAGCCGCACAUCUACGCCGUGGCAGACGUGGCAUAUCACGCCAUGCUGCAGCGCCAGAGGAACCAGUGCAUCGUCAUCUCCGGAGAGAGCGGCUCCGGGAAGACCCAGAGCACCAACUUCCUGAUCCACCACCUGACGGCGCUCAGUCAGAAGGGCUACGCCAGCGGAGUGGAACAGAUCAUCCUGGGGGCAGGACCGGUGCUGGAGGCUUUUGGAAACGCCAAGACUGCCCACAAUAACAACUCAAGUCGCUUCGGCAAGUUCAUCCAAGUGAACUACCAGGAGAGCGGCACUGUGCGCGGAGCCUAUGUGGAGAAGUACCUCCUCGAGAAGUCCAGGCUGGUCUACCAGGAACACAAUGAAAGGAACUACCAUGUGUUUUACUACCUGCUGGCAGGAGCAAGUGAAGACGAACGCACCGCCUUCCACCUCAUGAAGCCUGAAGAGUACCAUUACCUCAGUCAGAUGACAAAGAAACAGCACCGAUCGCACUGGGACAGUUACUGUGACUCUGAACCGGACUGCUUCACGGUGGAGGGUGAGGACCUGAAGCAUGACUUUGAGCGUCUGCAGUUGGCCAUGGAGAUGGUGGGCUUCCUCCCCACCACCCGCAAACAGAUCUUCUCCCUGCUGUCGGCCAUCCUCCAUCUUGGAAACAUCCGCUACAAGAGGAAGACGUACCGGGACGACUCCAUAGACAUCUGUAACCCCGAGGUGCUGCCCAUCGUCUCCGAGCUGCUCGAGGUGAAGGAGGAGAUGCUGUUUGAAGCUUUGACCACGCGGAAAACCGUCACCGUUGGGGAGAAGCUGAUCGUCCCGUACAAACUGGCCGAGGCUGGGACGGUCCGGGACUCCAUGGCCAAGUCUCUGUACUCUGCUCUGUUUGACUGGAUCGUGUUCAGGAUCAACCACGCUCUGCUCAACAUCAAGGACCUGGAGGAGCCCACCAAGAUCCUGUCCAUCGGAGUUCUGGACAUCUUUGGGUUCGAGGAUUACGAGAACAACAGCUUUGAACAGUUCUGCAUCAACUUCGCCAACGAGCGUCUGCAGCAUUACUUCAACCAGCACAUUUUCAAACUGGAGCAGGAGGAGUACCGGGUGGAGGGCAUCAGCUGGAGUAACAUCGACUACAUCGACAACACGGGCUGCAUCAGUCUGAUCAGCAGGAAGCCCACAGCUCUGUUCCACCUGCUGGACGAAGAGUGCAAUUUUCCUCAGGCCACUAACCAGACGCUGCUGGACAAGUUCAAGCGGCAGCACGAGGGGAACAGCUACAUCGAGUUUCCUGCAGUGAUGGAGCCCGCCUUCAUCAUCAGACACUACGCAGGGAAAGUCAAGUACGGAGUCAAGGAUUUCCGGGAAAAGAACACAGACCACAUGCGGCCCGACAUCGUUGCGUUGCUCAAGAGCAGUAAGAACGCCUUCAUCUGCGGCCUGAUCGGAAUCGACCCCCCGGCCACGUUCCGCUGGGCCGUGCUCAGGGCCUACUUCAGGGCCCUGGUGGCUUUCAGAGAGGCAGGGAAGAGACACACGCACAAGAGGCCUGGGCAUGAUGACGCUGCUCCCUGUGCAGUUUUGAAAAGUGUGGAUAGUUUUAGUUUUCUGCAGCACCCUGUGCAUCAGAGAAGCUUAGAGAUCCUGCAGAGAUGCAAGGAGGAGAAGUACACUCCAGAUGAGAGUGAGAUUUUUGAUGAAACUGAAAACGGUGUAACCAGGAAGAGCCCGCGCACGCCCCUGUCCGACCUGCAGGGGAGCAACAUCAACGACAAGUCUCCACGAGGCUCUCCAGCUCUGGGGUGGAACGGUCGUGUGGGGCGUCAGAGCCGUCUGUCAUCGGGCAGCUCCACCGCUGAAGACGAGAUCUUUGUCAACUCCACCAGCAGCAAACUCCUGGAGAGAGCCCACGACAUCCUCAUGAGGAAUAAAAACUACAAGCCCAAACCAGCUCUCCCCAAGCACUUACUAAAUGUUAAGUCACUGAAGUACUUGAGCAACUUGACUCUUCACGACCGCAUCACAAAGUCUCUGCUCCACCUCCACAAGAAGAAGAAGCCGCCCAGUAUAAGUGCACAGUUUCAGGCCUCCCUCAAUAAGCUGAUGGAGACUCUGGGUCAGUCUGAGCCUUAUUUUGUCAAGUGCAUCCGCUCCAACGCUGAGAAGCUCCCCCUCCGCUUUAACGAUAAUCUGGUCCUGAGGCAGCUGAGGUACACGGGCAUGCUGGAGACCGUGAGGAUACGCCAGUCUGGAUACCACUCCAAGUACAGCUACAAGGACUUUGUGCAACAUUUCCGUGUCCUGCUGCCUGAAGGAACCAGAGCCUCUAAAGAGUGUAUCCAGCAGUGUCUUCAGCACCUGAGCCUGUCCAAGGACGGAUACCAAGUGGGAAAAACUAUGGUGUUCUUCCGUGAGGCUGAGAAGCAGAAGCUCCAGGCCCUGCUCCACAGUGAGGUGCUCCGGCUCAUCGUCAGCCUGCAGCGGCGCUUCAGAGCUCACCUGGAGAGGAAACACUUCUGCAGGAUGAGAGAGGCCGCUGUCUGUAUACAGAAAUGGUGGCGAGUGUACCGGCCCUCAGAGGAGGAGGAGGAGGAGGAGGAAGAGGUGGAGACAGAGGAUGAAGAGGCUUUGGACCUGGCUGCGUAUGAGAGCGCUGCAGUGUGUCUACAGGCCCACUGGAGGGGCUAUCGUGCCCGGCAGAGGCUGAAGCUCUGGAGGGAGUCUGUGCUGGUGCUGCAGAGGGCCUGGAGGCUGUGGGUCCAGAGGCGCUGUUCAGCUGCUGUGGUCAUCCAGUCGGCCUGGAGAACUCACCAGGCCAGACAGAGCUACCUCCAGCUCUGCAGCUCUGUGCUGCAGCUACAGGCUCUGUGCAGGGGGCUGCUCGCAAGGAAAAGAUUUGAAGGCUUAAAGGCACAGAGGCUAAAGGAGCUAGAGGAGGAGAGACUCCGUGAACUACAGAAUGGAGAAGUGAGGGUUUCCCCAGAGGAUGACGGGACGCCUGAAACCAUCCCAGGUCUGGACCUCAGCACUUGGGAGGCCUCCAUCAAACAGCAGGAGGAGACUGCUAAGGUGUCCAAGCUCCAGUGUGAAGAAGCAGAGGCGUCACUGCCCUCUGUGCUGCGGGAGAGAGCGCGCACUGUGGACGAGCCCAGCCAGAAGACCACCCGAGCCAAGAGGGAGAGCCGCAGGAUGAGAGAGCUGGAACAGGCCAAGUUCAGUCUGGAGCUGCUCAAAGUGCGGGCCAACACCGGAGGGCCCUCGUCCCCGUCUGAAGAGCGCCGGUGGUCCCUGGAGUUCGUCCCAUCCGCCUCUCCUCCUCUGCGCUCUCCUCAGGGCACCCCCGACAGUCAGAGCUCCAAGGGCAGCUUUGAGCUGCUCAGUAUGGAGGAGGUGCCCCCUAAAGCUGUGGCAGAAAUCACAGACACUGAAGAUCUGUGCUCUCCUGUGCAUUCUGUCUCACAGGAACCAGAGCCCAGUGUAGAGACUGUGUCCAGCAGCCCAAAGCCUGACAGACCCACCUCAGAAGAUAAAGCUCCAGAGACAGAACCCACUCCUCUUUCACAUCCGCCCAAAAUCGAAAACUACCUCCCAACAUUUUACGUCCCUGAAGGCAGCGCUACACAGCAACCUGUGACUGAGCCUCAACCGCACACACAAACAUCUACCACCACCACCACCACUAGCACCACUCCUGCCAAAGCUCUCAAAGAAAGGCGGGAGUCCAGCCGCAGACCGGUGGUGGUGGUCAUUAGCAUGCAAAAAGAGUCUCCGCUAAGUGAAGAGCUAACAGACAUGGUCCGUCCCCCAGUGGAGCUGCGGGACACUGCAGCUCAGACAGGAGAGCUGACGCCCUCUCCCCUUAACGCGAGCCCCGUCCCCCGCACAGACCAGGCCAUCAUCGACAAACUGGUGAAGCUGAACAUGGAGAAAGAAGAGAGGCAGAGGAACCAGCAACAGCAGAACGAAAAGGAGAUGAUGGAGCAGAUCAGAAAGCAGAAAGAGGUGCUGGAGCGACAGAGGCAGUUCUUCGCUCAGUCUGGGAAGGACAUUUUAGAGAAGCAGAAAGAAGAAGCUUUCCAGAAGAUCCAGCAGAGCAGACAGGAGGCCCCAGACACCUCAGGGGCCCGGAGACCCAGCAGGCCCAACUCACUGUACAUAGAAAAAGCCAGCGGUCCUACCCCCCGAGCCCGCACCGAGUCUGACUCCACUCCCCCCUCAAUGCACUCUCCCCCCGCUGUAGACAUCCAGGGAGUCACCCCGCAGCCACAGCUACCCCCACAGAGAGGGUCCAGUCCCAGGCACAAGGACAGCAAAGGGACCCCCGAAGGAUGGGUCCCCAAACUCAAGCUGGAGUCCAGAGAGGGAGGGGUCAAAGGUAAAAGCGUGCCCAAGAAGCAGCCGGUCCAGCAGGGCACCGCGGUCAGCCUCAGCGACAAGAGCAGCAACAUCUUCUUUUCGCCCAAAGACAAAGUCACCUUUACAAAGUUUGAAGGGGAUGCCGUCUCCAAAGGGGCCCCGGCUGGUCCGAAAGAGGGAGCUCCACCCACCUCCAAGUCUUCGUCUAAAACCUCCAAAUCUCGAGAUGUGGGCAGAGCGGGCCCAAAAAAGAAAGCGCGAAUGGCCCGGACGCGCUCUGACUUCCUGACCCGCGCGCCCGUCCUGUCAGUGGGCGGAGACUCAGACGACGACGACGACAGCCCCCUGAGCCCCCGCCAUUUCACCCUCCCCCUGCCCAAAGCCAGCGCGAGCCCCGCCCCUGACCACCCAGAGGCAGAGGGGGCGUGUUUCAGUGACUCGGACAUGCCCCCUAGUGGUGAAGAGAAGAAAAAGAUGCACAAAGCCAUGUCCUCGGGAGAUCUGGGAAAAGUGGAAAGCAUCCGGAAGAACUCCCAGGAUGGAAGGGUGCGUAAGAUGCGUUUCUGGGGCAAAUCCAGAAGAAGAGAAGAGAAGCUGAUCAGUGGAGCCGACUCUCUGGAGCUGGACUCUACAGACGCUGCAGUGCUCCUGGGAGAGGGUCAAGAGAACAUGUCCCCUCCCCUCAGCCCCAGUGGCACUCUGGAGCGGGGGAGCAGGGACCUAAAGGAGAACAAGGAGCCCAAGGAGCCCUCCCCCAAAGUCAAGAGGAGACGCAGCGUGAAGAUCAGCAGUGUGGCUCUGGAGCCCGCCCAGUGGCAGAACGACGCACUGCACAUCCUGUCCUGCUCCAACGACUACCGCAGCAUGAACGACUUCCUCAUGAAGAAGAUCAAUGACCUGGAAACAGAGGACAGUAAAAAGGACACUAUGGUGGACGUUGUUUUCAAAAAGGCUCUGAAGGAAUUCCGUCUGAACAUCUUCAUCUCCUACUCCACGGCUCUGGCGAUGGACGACUGUAAAAGCGUCCGAUACAAAGACCUGUACGCUCUGUUUGAACACAUCCUGGAGAAGAGCAUGAGGCAGGAGCAGAGGGACUGGAGCGAGUCCCCGGUCCGAGUCUGGGUCAACACGUUCAAAGUGUUCCUGGACGAGUUCAUGACCGAGUACAAGCCUCUAGACAGCACCGUCAGCAAGCAGGUGCCAAAAUUAGAGCGUAAAAAGCGGAGGAAGAAGGACACGGACAUUGUGGAGGAGCACAUGGGGCACAUCUUUAAGUCCACUCAGUACAGCAUCCCCACCUACUGCGAGUACUGCUCCUCUCUCAUCUGGAUGAUGGACCGAGCCUGCGUCUGCAAAUUGUGCCGGUACGCCUGCCACCGAAAGUGCUGCCAGAAGAUGACCACGAAAUGCAGUAAGAAGUUCGACCCCGAGCUCUCGUCCAGACAGUUUGGAGUGGAGGUGUCUCGUCUGACCAGUGAUGAGCGAACAGUGCCCCUAGUGGUGGAAAAGCUCAUGAACUACAUCGAAAUGCACGGCCUCUACACGGAAGGAAUCUACCGCAAAUCUGGGUCCACCAACAAGAUUAAAGAGCUCAAGCAGGGACUGGACACUGAUGUUGAGAGCACAAAUCUGGAUGACUACAACAUCCAUGUGAUUGGGAGUGUGUUCAAACAGUGGCUGAGGGAUCUGCCGAACCCUCUGAUGACCUUUGAACUGUACGAGGAGUUUAUCCGGGCCAUGGGUUUACAAGAUAAGAAGGAGAUGGUGCGCGGUGUGUACUCUGUUAUCGACCAGUUAAGCAGAACUCAUCUCAACACGCUGGAACGCCUCAUUUUCCAUCUAGUCAGAAUUGCACUACAAGAGGAGACCAACCGCAUGUCCGCCAACGCCUUGGCCAUCGUGUUUGCUCCGUGUAUACUGCGCUGCCCUGACACCAUCGACCCUCUUCAGAGCGUGCAGGACAUCAGCAAAACUACUGCGUGUGUAGAACUUAUCAUUUGUGAGCAGAUGAACAAAUAUAAGGUGCGGCUAAAGGACAUAAACACGCUGGAGUUUGCCGAGAACAAGGCCAAGUGCAGACUGACGCUCAUACGGCGCUCGAUGCGGGUGAACUACCACAGCACGUCCCCUCAGCUGAGCCCCCGUCUGUCCACAGUCAAGAGCCCUGUGCUGGAGCAGAGCUGCAGCGAGGAGGCAGCAGACUCUGGGCUCACGGAGAACCAGCACGCCGCCAUGCAGCAGGAGGAGCGAGUGCUGACGGAGCAGAUCGAGAACCUGCAGAAGGAAAAAGAGGAGCUCACCUUUGAGAUGCUGGCUCUGGAGCCUCGAGCCUCAGAUGAUGAGACACUGGAGUCAGAGGCCUCCAUUGGGACAGCAGACAGCUCCGAGAACCUCAACGUUGACUCAGAAGGACUCUCCGACUUAUCAGAGAGGGGCCCCCUGACGUCCCCCUGGCCCCGCAGGUCUGAUGGUCGGAGCCCUCGUCAGAGAACUCUGCGCAGACAGCCCGAGUCCCUGGACUCUGUGGACUCCUGCUCCAGUGUGUCGUCCUACUCUUCCUCCUCACACUUCCAAGCCUCCUCUUCCUCCUCCGCCAACACCCGACGCUUUCGUUUCCACUCCAAGUCCCCCUCGUCCCCCUCCUCUGCAGGCCCAUCCCAGCUCACCCGCACCGACACCCGCGACCUGAGUCCUACGGGGGAGCCAGAGAGUACGUACGACGAACGGCCACAGUUUACAAGUAGAGGGACGUUCAAUCCCGAAAAGGGCAAACAGAAACUCAAGGGGAGCAAGCACCCGUCCCUGAGGCACUCCCGAGACGGGGGCGCCCACGGCCGGGACCCUCCGGACUUACCGCAGCAGCUAGUGUUAUACGGCAAUAAUGAGUUCAUGGUAUGAAGGACACUGGCUCACCAAAGCACUCCUACUUCCUGGAAGGCAGGUGAUUCCUGACAGGAGCAAAAAGAGCGUCAAUGCAACGUCCUCUCCUUAAAGCACUCUGCUUAGCCUUUAUAAUGUGCAAAGAAAUGUUCCUAAGUGCCACAUGGAGCAGGUCCACUGUCCGAGGCAGGGGCAGUCUGUGCUGACUCUUAGACUGGACUCCUUCAGCCCUCACUGUGCCUUGGCGACUCUUCACACGGCGCCAAGACGAGACGCACUGAGCAGAGCGCGCAAAAGGGAACGUCGGACAUUUGAGAAGAGCACUGAGCAUCAGGGACGUGCCCGGAGCGAGAGAGCGGGAGCUGUGGACUACAGUGAAGAAGUCAAUAUUAGCUGCUUUCUGAGUUUACACUUCAAAACAAUCAGUAUAAGCAGUGCUUGUUUAGUUAUUAUGACAAAUUAAGUUUCUUUUAUUUAAUAAAUUUUAAUGUCACAGAAAUUCUUGAUAGCUUAUAAUAUACAGGUAUAAAUACUGUACAAAGCCGGAACACCAGUGUCUGCUGGGGAGUUGAAGUCAGAUAUUUAUCUUUUCUCUUUUUGUUUUUUUGGACAGAUGUACGAUGUGGGCCAGGCUGGUGUAUGUGUGUGUGCCAAGUGUUACUGUGUUACUGUGUGUGUGUGUGAGGACCGAAAACCACUCCAUGUGUUUUUAAUUUGUGCUGCUUUUUACCACCAUCAAAGGGACCAAGUCAGCUGGGGCGCACUCCAGCCAAGGGGUCCCAGCUCUGUACAGAAUGUUGCAUAUGUAUAAAAGUGUGCAUUCACUGCUUAGCCAUACCGCCAUUGUAAAGUAUGAUACAGUCUGUGUACAGUGUAGCGGACAAAUGCCAUUAUCUUUAAGAGAUCAUGUUACCUGCCCCAUCCAUGUCUUUAUUGUGUUUGCUCAAUGCAACAAUGAAAGAAAUGUACAAA